AGUCAGUCAGCUGGGGAGGGCGAUGAGGGGGUGAGUGACAAAAAAAAGAGAGAGAGAGAAAGAAAGCAAGCAAGAAAGAGAAAAACUGCCUCUCCUUCUUCCGACAGAGCACCUCCAUCCCCAUGAUCUCAUGAAUAAAUUAUAGCGACUCAUUGUGCAAUAGAGGGAGGAAUGCAGUCGAGCAGACUCGCGCGCGCAGGAGCAGAAGCAGCAGCAGCACAAGAGCAACCGCGACUCUUUGGAUUUACACAAAAACAUUUGGUUAAAACACACGAAUGCUAGGAGACAGCACGCUCAGGGCGUUUUAUUCCACAACACGUGGAUCAUAUACACAGAAAUCCGAGACAUUCACAAAUAAUAUGAUCCAGUUUUAGCGGUUUUAACGUACUCGCACGGCUUCCGAUAUCUGAGGUUGCGUUUUUAUCCACUCCAACCAAAGCGAGGGUCGAAAUAUAUCCCCAUCUUUUGUUUUUGAACGUUUCGAGGGGAUUUUCUUCCAAGGAGAGCCGAGCGCGGAAUCAAAUCCAGCCAAACAGAUCAACCUCGGGCAGCCGGAGUGGAAGAUUUUAGCUAACUUGGAUUGGGGGACAUUUAGAAAAUGCAGUGAGUUAGUUCAGACUGCCUGCUAGGUUGAGGAGAUUCGGGGUGUCACAUAGACCCCUAGGUUCCUCCGAUGAACCCCAUCAACUCCAUGAAACCUGCCCUGCCUCCAACGCCACACAGUGACGCCUCUUACCCAUAUGAUCCUGUCCCCUGGCAACAAGGCCCCAAUCAGCCUGCCGGCUCCCUCUCUGUGGUAACCACAGUGUGGGGGGUAACCAAUCCUUCACCCAGCCAGGUUUUUGGUGCUCCCAUGGGUCCAGGUGGAAACUCAGCCGGUGGUCACAUGAUGCCUGGCAACAGCCCGGGCAUGAACUCCCCUCAGUUUAUGAGCCAGCAGGGCUACCCCGAGCCCAACAAGGGCUUCAUGCAGCAGGGCAUGUACGGGCGGCCCAGCGGGGGAUACCCGUCCGGGCCUGGAUAUGGGGGCAGUUACCCAAAUAACGGAGGGGGUUCCCUCGGGAUGCCGCCCCAUGGAGUGCGCCCGCCCACUGACUUCACCCAAGCGGCUGCCGCAGCUGCUGUGGCCGCAGCCGCAGCCACAGCAACGGCCACCGCCACAGCAACUGUCGCCGCAAUACAGGAGAAGCAAAACCAGGAGAUGAACUACGGGCCUAUGGGUGGUGCUUCCUCUUACAACACCCAGUUCCUGUCGCACUCUGGACCCCGGGGCCCACCCGGCAUGGCCCCCUCUGGAAUGGUCGGCUCCAGACCUCCUUCAAUGGGUCCCAUGUACCCACAGCAGGGCCAGAGGUUGCCCCAGCAUCCCGUCUACCCGGGAGGCCAGCAGGGUCCUCCGCGCCACCAACAGGGCCUGAAACGCCCUUAUAACUCCGACGGAUUUCCGGGUCAGCAGUAUGGUCCUGGGAUGGGAGCUGGGGGCCCGUACCCAGGCCAGCCCAUGCAGUACCACGGCCCAGGGCCACAGCGGUCCGCUCCUUCCCCAUCUUACCCAACCCACCGAAUGCCCCUCCAGCAACCCAAUAUGGGCCAGUAUCCUGCAGGACCAGGAAACCCCAACCAGUACUACAAGCAGGCGGACCAGUUUAACGGACAGGGCAACAGCCACAACAGUCUGCCCUCAGGAGUGACAGGAGCCGGGUACAACACCUUCAACCAGGCCGCUGUCAAUGGGCCCGGACGUGCAAUGCCAGGAUACCCCAGCUCUCCUCUCCCAGGAAACCCCACUCCUCCCAUGACCCCUGGCAGUUCGAUGCCCCCAUAUAUGUCCCCCGGCCAAGAUGUCAAGUCGCCCUUCCUCCAUGACGUCAAGCCCAACAUUAACUCUCUGCAGCCCCCUACAGGAAACCCCAGUGAUGACCUGCGUCUGACCUUCCCUGUACGGGACGGGGUGGUGUUGGAGCCUUUUAGAUUGGAGCACAACCUGGCUGUCAGCAACCACGUCUUCCAGCUGCGAGACUCCGUGUAUAAGACCCUUAUGAUGAGGCCUGACCUGGAGCUGCAGUUUAAGUGCUAUCACCAUGAAGACCGGCAGAUGAACACCAACUGGCCGGCAUCGGUACAGGUGAGCGUCAACGCCACGCCUCUCACCAUCGAGCGCGGGGACAACAAGACUUCCCACAAACCCCUUUACCUGAAGCAUGUGUGCCAGCCGGGACGCAACACCAUCCAGAUAACGGUCACGGCCUGCUGCUGUUCUCAUCUUUUCGUGCUGCAGCUGGUUCACAGGCCAUCUGUGCGCUCCGUGCUUCAGGGUCUGAUGAAGAAGAGGCUCCUGCCAGCGGAUCAUUGUGUCGCUAAAAUUAAGAGGAACUUCAGUAGCGGUACCAUCCCAGGAACUCCCGGCCUUAAUGGCGAGGAUGGCGUGGAACAGACAGCCAUCAAGGUGUCGCUCAAGUGUCCGAUCACCUUCCGACGCAUCCAGCUUCCUGCCAGGGGCCACGACUGCAGACAUAUACAGUGCUUCGACCUGGAAUCAUACCUGCAGCUGAACUGUGAGAGAGGUACUUGGCGUUGUCCUGUGUGCAAUAAAACAGCCCUUCUGGAGGGGCUAGAAGUGGACCAGUACAUGUUGGGCAUUCUGAUCUACAUCCAGAAUUCGGACUAUGAGGAGAUCACCAUUGAUCCGGUGUGCAGCUGGAAGCCGGUCCCAGUGAAACCAGACCUGCAUAUUAAAGAGGACCCAGACGGCCCUGCCCUGAAACGCUGUCGCACCUUGAGCCCUAGUCAUAUGAUCUUGCCCAGCGUCAUGGAGAUGAUUGCAGCUUUAGGGCCAGCCUCCUCGCCCUAUCAGUCUAUGCCACAAGGUGGCAGCAGCAACACCCCUGAUUAUCCCAGCCAAGGUGGCUCAGGAUACUCUAACCAACCAGGCUUCUCUGAUUUCCCCAAUGCCCCUGGCACACCGACCCUGGGGGAGUUUGCCUCUGGGCCGCCCCCUCUCUCCUACCAGUCUGACCUGCCGAGUGGCCUCCUUACCCCUGAAAAACCUGUGGGACACCCGAUGUCAGGACAGAUGCCUCACUCUAGUCGCAUGGACCCUUCCCACAAUCCCCUUCAACAGCAGCAGCAACAGCAGCAUCAAUCUCUCCAUGGUAACUCCAACAUGGUUGGCCCUGGUGGACCCAUGCACUCCCGCAACUCCUCCCAGAAUCCCCGGAUGCACACAGACAGCUUUGGGCUGGGGGGCCCCGGGGGACCGGGCGAUGUUUCAGAGCCGGCCCUUGAUCUUCUCCCAGAGCUGACAAACCCAGAUGAGUUGCUGUCCUAUUUGGGUCCCCCUGACCUUCCCAACAACAGUAACGAUGACCUGCUCGCUCUGUUUGAGAGCAACUGAGCCCCCCGUCCUGCUCAUUCAUCAGUCGCACAUCGCCGUCCAACACACAGCCUCCCUAACCCCUCACACUCCCGGCUCGUUGAGAGGAGCUUUGGAAAGCAUAACAGAUAUCCGAUUACGUCUUUGCACUGUUUCCUCCUGAGACUGGAAUGCAGUGACUGAUAGGAAGGUGCAACGAAGAUCUUUCUUUUUUUUUUUCUUCCUCCUGUGACAAUGUUACUGUUCGUCUGCUUCUAUGAACUCUGUCGAGAUUUUAUUGUGAAUUUCAGUUUGAAAGAGUUCCCACUCUUCUCUUGAAUCGUUUGUAGAAAGAUGCCUCAUCUCACAUCAGACUCGUGUGGUUAAAUGACAUUGUGUGGGGUGGGUCACUGUUCGUUUUUUUCAUUGCAGCUCCUGUUUUAAAUCUAAAUUAGAUAAGGAUUUCACUUCAGUGCUACACUUCAGAAAUAACACGGGGAAAGCCAAAGGGUCUCUGUUGUAACUUGAGAAAAACAAACGGAUGAACGUAAUUCUCUUAAUAAACAGGCUUGUGUUUUA